AUGUUGUCACCAUUAACAAAGCUAAAACCGAGCGCCAAAGUUGCUGUUGUGGGAGGAGGUGUUUCUGGGUUAUGUUUUACAUACUUUUUAAGUAAAUUAAGACCUGAUGUUGAGAUUACGUUAUUUGAAUCACAGAACAGAACCGGGGGUUGGAUAUACUCAUGUGCCACAAAAGACAUGAACGGGAAGCCAAUUAUGGUGGAGAAAGGACCCAGAACAUUGAGAGGCGUAUCAGACGGCACUGUUCUAAUUAUGGAUACUCUUAGGGACUUAGGUAAAGAAGCCGUGGUUCAGAGCAUUGAUAAAGGUUGCAUUGCAGACAGAAAGUUCUUGCUAGAUCCUAGUGAUAGGCUAGUGCAGGUUCCUGAUUCGGUAACGACAACCCUGAAAUUUCUUCUGAAUCCGUUGGGAAAGGGACUUAUUACAGGUAUGAUGGGAGAAUGGUUCAGGAAGAAAUCACCACAUCCUGGCCAAGAUGAAAGUGUUGAAUCCAUAAUUGACAGAAGGUUUGGAAAUAACUACAUAUCAAAAAAUAUGAUUAGUGCCUUACUAAGAGGAAUUUAUGGGGACGAUAUUGCUCUAUUAAGCGCCAAGAGGACGUUCAAGAAAAUGUAUUUCAACGAACUCAAGCAUGGAUCUAAUAUUCAAGCCAUGAUUGAUAAUAUGCGCGAAAAAUCUAAAAGUAAAAAGAGCAAGAGUCUCCAUCAGUCUUUAACGGGAUGCCUCAACGAUUACUCAAAUGCGCUUGGAAAAGAUAGGUCAAAAUUAGUAGACCUAUCAAACACACUUAAGAAGUAUCCUAUGUUAGGCCUUGCUGGCGGUUUGGAAACAUUCCCCAAGAUAGUCAGAAAUGCUUUGGGCGACUUUAGCAACGUCAAAAUAAUUACUGAUAAUCCGGUGAUGCAAAUAAUCAAGCACCCUGCUAAUGAAAAGACCAUCGGGUUGAGAGUGGAGUCUGGAAACAAAUAUGAAGGCUUUGACCACCUGAGGCUCACAAUUACACCAUCCAAAAUCGCCAAACUGCUACCGAAGGAUGAGAAUUCAUUGUCCAGGUUGUUAGAUGAAAUCCAAUCAAACACAAUUAUUUUAGUUAAUUAUUAUUUGCCAAACAAAGAUGCACUAGAUACCAACCUGCACGGCUUUGGCUAUUUGGUACCCAAAUCCAAUAAGAAUCCAGGAAAAUUACUUGGUGUGAUUUUUGAUUCGGUUAUCGAAAGAAACUUCAAACCACUUUUCAACAAGUCAUCUCCAAACCCCAACGCUCUCAAGAAAUACACAAAACUAACUGCGAUGAUAGGUGGUGAUAUGCUGAACGAACACGGCGUACCUGUAGUACCAUCCAAGGAGGUAACCAUUAGUGCAGUCAAAGAUGCGUUGAACCAUCACCUGGGUAUCAGCAACGAGGAUCUGGAAGCUGGUAAAUGGGAAUUCACUAUCGCUGACAGAUGUCUACCAAGAUUUCAUGUAGGUUAUGAUGCAUGGCAAGAGAAGGCUGAAAGGAUGUUUCAAGAAACCUACGGCCAAACAGUUUCAAUGGGUGGAAUGGGGUUCUCUAAAAGUCCCGGUGUCCCCGACGUGAUUGUAGACGGCUUCAACGACGCCUUACAACUCAGUAAAUAA